AAAAUUAAUUUAUGAUUUAGUUUUGAUUUUGAUUUAUUAAAAAAUUGAGGUGGUUGUUAAUAAAAAGGUAUGAAAUUGAGAUUCUGAGUUGUCAUGAGUCAUGAGUGAGACGGGUAUGGUUCGCUUUUCCAACGCGGGAUUUUUGGCUUUUCCGUUUUCCUUUUGAUUCAUAUACGUGACACACCUCUCUCUCUCCCCUCUUUCUCUCUCUCCCUUUUGAUCUUCUCUAGGCUGUUCUCAGAACUCACAGCUCACAAUUCAGAUUCCUGCAAACACCAUUUCUGUUUUCAAAAUCCUACUUUUCUUUUUCUUAAUUCAAUUUUCUCAGAACAAAAUUUUAAAAGUUUAUGAAAGCUUUGGCAUCAGACUCUCUUUGUAUAACAAUUCUUGCCCAUAAAUACCAGAGAUUUUUAAGAUUUGGUUGAUAAAUUCUUGAAAUGGGAUGUAAGGCAUUGAAUUUAUGGAGCUGCUACUUGAAUUCAAUUACAUCCAAAUGUGUUUUCUUAGCUGCAUUGGCGCUGGUGAUCAGAGCAGUUUUCUUUCCUCCAGUCACUACAAUAAUCGGUAGCUCUUCAGCGGAACCAAACGACAUCGUUUUCAUCCCCAACCUUUCUCUGUCCUUAAACGACAAUAUUGGAAUCAGAAACGACAAGUUUCUGGAGGUUCCACAGAUAGUGUGGGGACUAAAUAAUCAAAAGAUAGCUUUGGCCAGAUCUUGUCUCACAGCAAGAAUGCUAAACAGGACUCUUCUCAUGCCAAGCUUAAGUGCUUCUCUGUUCUACAAAGAAGUAGAGCUUUUGAAACCAAUUUCCUUCGACAAAGUUUUUCAGUUGGACAGGUUUAAUUCUCACUGUAGAGGCUUUGUUCAGAUUAGUAAGUAUUCUGAUGUUUCGAACCGGACCGGGGUUUUCGAGCUCCGAAAGGGAAGUGGAAGAAGGUGGACAAUGGAGAGAGAUUUAGAGCAGCUGAAGCAGAGUUUGGAGAACCCAAUUGAUGAUUAUGAAGUUAUUAGAAUAGUUGGGAAGAACCCUUUUCUGUGGCAUGAUCACUGGGCUGUUAAGGAAUAUGCUAAGGUCUUUGAGUGCUUAGCUUUGGUUGAUGAGAUUAUGGCUGAAGCUGAUAAAGUAGUGUCGAAGAUUAGAGAUAUGGGAAGGAAAGAUGACCCUGCAAAUGACAUAGACAAGGCUAAGCCUUUUCCUUAUGUUGCUGUGCAUAUGAGAGUUGAGAAAGAUUGGAUGAUUCACUGUAAGAAUCUAGAGAAGAAAAUGAACAUAACUCAGAUAUGUAGUAGCAAGGAAGAGAUUAUGAAGAGAGUUAGCAAUGUUAUUGGCUUGAAAACAACACCAACUGUUGUUUAUCUAGCUGUUGCAGAUGAACUGCUUGAAGAUUCAUCUCUACUGUUUGGUUGGAGAGAAAAUCUGCUUCCUUUUGAGAAGAAAAAACUUGGGGUUGAUGGGAUUUACAAGAAGUAUCCGUAUCUGAUUCAGUCUGCAAUCGACUAUGAAGUUUGUUUGAGAGCUGAUGUGUUUUUGGGCAAUAGUUUUUCCACAUUUUCCAGUCUUAUUGCUCUUGAGAGAACUCAAAAAAUGUUUAGAUUGGGAUUUGAAGGCUCUUGUGAAGGUAAAAAAGAUUUGAGGUGGCCUUCCUAUGCAUAUAAUAUUUUAGAUGAUUCAAAGGGCCCUCGAAAAUGGAUGACAAAUAUGUCAGACACAAGCCUCAAAGCAAUUAGCUAUGGUUCUAAGGAUGUUUCUUGCUGAAACUUUUCUUUGUUGAGAAACUUGUUGGUAUAGUCAACACAAUUCUUUUUGUGUAAAGAUAAGUUAAUAGAAACAAUAGUAUUCGUUACUUAUUUAGGUACAGUUGAUUCUUUUCUUCUUUUCCCAUUGUACUAAUUUUAUUUUCCUUUUUAUCUUGUACAUUCUUUUAAUGUAUGUAAUAUGAGUUCUGAUCACUUACCACUGCAAUUCACAUUAAA